AUGUUUCUUAUUUUCUUUUUCUUUCAUUUCUUUUAUUUCUUUACCUUCUCUCUUUCUUUCACUCUCUCUUCUUUUCUCUCUCUUCCUUUUUCUUUCUUUCUUUCUCUUGUUCUUUCUCUUUCUCUGUCUUUUUCUUUCUCUCUGUCUUUUUCUUUCUUUAUCUAUCUCUUUCUCAUUCAUUCUCUCUUUUCAUCUCUCUUUCUCAUUCAUUCUCUCUUUUCAUCUCUUUCUCAUUCAUUCUCUCUUUUCAUCUCUUUCUCAUUCAUUCUCUCUUUUCAUCUCUCUUUCUCAUUCAUUCUCUCUUUUCAUCUCUCUUUCUCAUUCAUUCUCUCUUUUCAUCUCUCUUUCUCAUUCAUUCUCUCUUUUCAUCUCUCUUUCUCAUUCAUUCUCUCUUUUCAUCUCUUUUUCUCAUUCAUUCUCUCUUUUCAUCUCUCUUUCUCAUUUAUUCUCUCUUUUCAUCUCUCUUUCUCAUUCAUUCUCUCUUUUCAUCUCUUUCUCAUUCAUUCUCUCUUUUCAUCUCUCUUUUCUCAUUCAUUCUCUUUUUCAUCUCUCUUUCUCAUUCAUUCUCUCUUUUCAUCUCUCUUUCUCAUUCAUUCUCUCUUUUCAUCUCCCUUUCUCAUUCAUUCUCUCUUUUCAUCUCUCUUUCUCACUUUCUUUUCUCUCUUUUCUCUCUCUCUCUUUUCUCUCUCUCUCUUUUCUCUCUCUCUCUUUUCUCUCUCUCUCUUUUCUCUCUCUCUCUUUUCUCUCUCUCUCUUUUCUUUCCUUUCUCUUUUCUUUUUCUUUUUUCUUUCAUUUCUUUUUUCUUUUUUUUUCUUUUUCUUUAUUCAGCAAUAG